CGUAUGACUGGAAUUGACAAUCCGCCUGCGUAUCAGCACGCCCAACCAAUCACAGGUCAAGAUUUACCCCCAAUUUACUGAAAUGUGCCUGUCUCCAAAAUUACAAGACAGAGUAAUAUAAUAACAAUAAUAACAAUAAAUCCUUAGUUAGGAUAUUGGUUAAAAGGUGGAAUUUGGUUCAAGGUUAACGCCACUGAGUUAAAACAAUAUAUAUAUAAGAAGUCAUUCACCUGGUAUCCCCGUUAGUUUGCAGUGUUAGAUUCGCCUGAAAAGUAUUUUAAAAUACCGAGUCAUGUUGCUAGGCAACGGACCUUAAACAGGUGCACACCUCUGCGUCCAAGCGCGACACAAACCUGUUUCCUUAAAAGUUUAAAGACGAACUUUACAGAUAAGAUAAGCGUUACACUGCUACAUGUGGAUUCAGUAUGACUGAUAUAAAUACUUCCAGCGAAGUGAAACGUACAGAUAGAAGCCUACAUAUCCCGAAGGCCGGAAAACUGAUACCUCCAGGAGACGGUGUUAAGACCUGCUUACGAGAAGUGGAAAGACCCACGACUCCACCUGUGGUGAGGAAAUACCGCAGCAGCACCCGGCCGGGACCAGGAGCCAUCAGGGUGCACACAGGCAGGGCGAACGACCCAGACGCUGCCAGCGCCCUCGUUCACGGUGUCGUCACCAAAGCAUCCCUCACUAGUGGAAGCUUGCUAAAUCCUCCACCAAAGACCUUGGUCCAGCAGAAGUUGGAGGAACUUAGUGAAUCUGUAUAUGCGUCAAAUAAGAAAGCUCCUCUUGGCCGAUCGCACGUCCAACGUGCCGAACCUCCCACCUCAUACGAUGACGAAACAACGUUCGGUGUACAAGCAAUGAAAGGUUUGAGCGUGCGUGAGAUUAUUAACCCUUCAAGAACAGCGGAGGAGGUAGAGAGGGACGCUGAGGUGGCACAUGAAGCUUACAUCCGCAGCCAUAAUGCUUAUUUUGUUGGCGAACAAAUGAAUAGAAAGUAUGACUGGACUCGUCACAGUAAAGACAGCAGGUUCGGGAUCCCCACGCCGCAUUUCAACGAUGGCCGUAAUCUGGGCAAAACCCUUCACUGGCUGGGGGAGUCACAGAAGUUUUACAAUCCAGCUGCUUGGAAGAGAUCUGGGAACAGAGAAAAGAUGGCACAACACAUGGGCAAAACCAUCAACAAGAGAGAAAAAACUUUGCCUUUCCCACCUGAUCACACUUUUGGGAUUGUCCUGCCACCGGUUGAUUUUGGCGCUGGAGAUCUGAUCCACUCUGCAGACCCGGGGCGGUACACGAGAGGCCCGGACAGACGGCGCAGCCUGGUGAACGCAGUGAGACACCACCUCAAGAAGGUCAACUUUGAAAACUUCCCCUCCUUGCUGAAGGCGUUCAGACAUUAUGAUAAGACAGGAAAGGGGAUGAUUGACAGAGAGGACCUGCGUGCAGUCUGCCAUCAGUUCCAGCUGAACGUGAGUGAGCCGGUUCUGGAUGACCUGAUGGAUUCCUGCGACACGGACAAGGACGGGCUCAUCAACUUCCUGGAGUUUGCCAACUUUCUCAACUGGAAGGACAAGAUGCCCAUCGACAGUCGGGAGCAGUGCAUUAUUACAAAUGAGCGUCAGACCAGCUCAACUCCAGCAGACGCAGAAAGAGUGCCGGCACAGCUUCCUCCCCGUCGGGCCUUAAUCGAGCGAGAAGACCUAGAGCCCGUUGAGCCAGGCAGCUCACUGAAAACUCUUAGAACUCUGAGGCCACCGAGGGCAGCCCCGGACCACUUCAGAACUACUUCCUCCCUCAUUGGGGCUGCGAGGGCUGGUCCGUUCCCAUCAGACGGACGGACGUAUGGGCUCCCCUCCGUGCGCUCUGACCUCCCAGCUCCACGCAUUAAAAGAGUCAGUGACAAAAAUAAUUAUGGAGAUACGUCCACAGCUGCAGAUCUUCUGCAUCCAUCAGUUCAUGCCCUGCGAGGUGUUUAUAAGGAGCAUUUCUUCUGUCCUCGCAGCAAGGACGAGAUGGCAGAGAUCUUCAGGAAUGUCGGUGUGAAUAUUUCUGAGGACACGUUUGAGGAAGCCUGGAAGCUCGCGUCACUGCAGCGACCCACCAGGGAGGUUUGUGUGGAGAAUUUCCGCGAUGUGCUCAGGGAAAUAAAAGCAGUGUAAUACUGGCAUCAUUUUUCUUUUUAAGAGUUUUAUGUUUCCUCGUUCCUGGCAGUUUUUCCCUCUCACAAUAAUUUUUCUUUUGUCAGGGAAGCCUUUUCACACUGUCAUUCUCAUAAUUCUCAGAGCUCGUCGUCAGGUAAAGUCUUUUUUAAGAGCAGCGAAGAAAAUUCAUAAAAUGAGAAGCUCAGGGUUCUAGCCAGAAAAAGAUUUCAGCCCUGCACAUGUGUUGGGGAUGGGGUUGAUUAGCAUUAGCUUGCUAAUGUAAGCAUUAUCUAAACUCUAAAUACCGUGCCAGCUUGCUAAUUCAGUGACGGUGAGCAGUUGGAUAUAAUGUAUGUCAUAUGCUGUGAUAAAGGUUGGUCCUAUGGGCCAGUGAAGGCACCUGAAUCUGAUUGGACCAUGUGACUUGAUGCUGAUAGGGAGUGUGGAUCAGUGUUGCCAACUUAGCGACUUUUAGUGGCUUUUCAGACACCUACAAAGUUCAUUUGUAGUUCUAAACAUAUUUAGGGUGUUUUUUUUUCACGUUUUGUCUCUCCAAAGUUGUGAUUCCUCUCUCCUACAGUCUUGAUUGCAACUAUAUGCAAAUGACCAAUUAUGCAAAUUAGGUCAAGUUACAUCAUACACCGACUUCUAGUGACUUUAAGGACAGCCAAUAGCUAAUUCCUUACUGAGUUGGCAGCAGUGGUCUGUGUUUACCUGCAGCUGUUGUUAACGGCGACGACCUCAGCGAUCAACCUCUGGCUAGAACCCUGAAGCUGUUUGCAUUCGUCUGCUUGCAUUGCAACAGUGUGAUUACGCUGUUUAAAUGUUUUCAGCGUGAGCUACUCAACAUGAACUCAGCAGGAAUGUAUAUCCCUACAUUAAUAUGAAAAUGAAAAAUCUGAAGCUUUUCUGUGCCUGUAUAGUCUUUAAUAAAACUAAACCCACCACUAAUGAGAACCACGUCCUCUACAUAUUAUUUGUGUCAUAUGUUUUAUGGAUAACAAUCUAUUUAUCUGAAUUCACAAUUUAUAAAAAAAAAAUAUAAAAAGGACACAAAAAUGAAACCCCUUUUCAAAAAUCUUGACCUAUUUUUUGGAUUAAAGCUUUGUAGGUCGCUGCCUUUCCUGUUACUUAAUGAAUUUGCUGGAAGCCACUUAACAGUUUCUGGCAGAACAUCCAUUCAGAAGGAGGUGAAGAGACAAACUGUACUUGUUUUUUUUGCUGUAUGGAAUUAUUUCUUGCGUCAUCAAGUUGGUCGUAUGCAAUGUUACGCCGAAGACCUGAGAUGUUCUUUGAAGCUUUAUUUUCAUCACUGGGAACAGCGACAAGCAGCUUAUCUGCUUUAUGCAUCGCAGAGCAGAUUUUAUAGCCAUUAACUGUUUUUCUGACUUCUGAGAUUUCCUCAGAGGACA